AUGAUCGUGUGCGUGCAGCCGCGUCUGCCCCGAGGCGAGAGGAAAGUACAGCAGGGCAUCACAGGUACAGCAGGCCAUCACAGUUACAGCAGGCCAUCACAGGUACAGCAGUGCGUCACAGGUACAGCAGGGCAUCACAGGUACACCAGGCCAUCACAGGUACAGCAGGGUGUCACAAGUACACCAGGCCAUCACAGGUUCAGCAGGCCAUCACAGGUACAGCAGGGCAUCACAGGUACACCAGGCCAUCACAGGUACAGCAGGCCAUCACAGGUACAGCAGGGCAUCACAGGUACACCAGGCCAUCACAGGUUCAGCAGGCCAUCACAGGUACAGCAGGGCAUCACAGGUACAGCACCCGGCCAUCACAGGUACAGCAGGGUGUCACAGGUACAGCAGGGCAUCAUAGGUACAGCAGGGUGUCACAGGUACAGCAGGCCAUCACAGGUACAGCAGGGCAUCACAGGUACAGCAGGGCAUCACAGGUACAGCAGGGCACCACAGGUACAGCAGGCCAUCACAGGUACAGCAGGCCAUCACAGGUACAGCAGGGUGUCACAGGUACAGCAGGGUGAGGCCAUCACAGGUACAGCAGGGCAUCACAGGUACAGCAGGGUGUCACAGGUACAGCAGGCCAUCACAGGUACAGCAGGCCAUCACAGGUACAGCAGGGCAUCACAGGUACAGCAGGGCAUCACAGGUACAGCAGGGUGUCACAGGUACAGCAGGGUGUCACAGGUACAGCAGGGCAUCACAGGUACAGCAGGCCAUCACAGGUACAGAAGGGCAUCACAGGUACAGCAGGGCAUCACAGGUACAGCACCCGGCCAUCACAGGUACAGCAGGGUGUCACAGGUACAGCAGGGCAUCACAGGUACAGCAGGGCAUCACAGGUACAGCAGGGCACCACAGGUACAGCAGGGCAUCAUAGGUACAGCAGGGCAUCACAGGUACAGCAGGCCAUCACAGGUACUGCAGGGCAUCACAGGUACAGCACCCGGCCAUCACAGGUACAGCAGGGUGUCACAGGUACAGCAGGCCAUCACAGGUACAGCAGGGUGUCACAGGUACAGCAGGGCAUCACAGGUACAGCACCCGGCCAUCACAGGUACAGCAGGGUGUCACAGGUACAUCAGGCCAUCACAGGUACAGCAGGGCAUCACAGGUACAGCACCCGGCCAUCACAGGUACAGCAGGGUGUCACAGGUACAGCAGGCCAUCACAGGUACAGCAGGGCAUCACAGGUACAGCAGGCCAUCACAGGUACAGCAGGGCAUCACAGGUACAGCACCCGGCCAUCACAGGGCGGAAACUCUGACCUCAGGCUGUAGUCUGCCUCAGGGCGGACAGACUCUGACCUCAGGCUGUAGUCUGCCUCAGGGCGACUCUGACCUCAGGCUGUAG